CAAAACGCUGACAUCCCCCGUCUGUAUACGAGCGCACUUCCAUUCUCACCUCGGGCCCCUCAAGCCACAUAUUCACCACUACAACCGCAACCAUGUCAUCCAACCAAGACCAGCCCACUGCAGUCACGACGAUGCCAGACGUCAAGGUCGUGGUAGCCGACGACGGACAAAGUAACGUCGUCCUGCUCACGGGGCAGUGGAAGGCAGGGCUAUUCUCGUGCUGCGACCAACUCAUCCCCAACUGCCUCUGCGCGUGCUGCUGCCCUUGCGUGAGUUUGGCUCAGAUCGUGGCGCGUCUCGGUGUGGGGGACUUCCUCCUCACGGCCAUCGUGGCCUGUCUGCUCAUGUUCACCGGCUUUGGGGGGCUCCUCAUCUUUCUCUACGUGUUCUACCUCCGCUACAAGUUCCGUACGAUGCUGCAAAUCCCUGGCUCAGCGUGUGCCGAUUGCUGUGCCGCGCUGUGCUGCAACUGCUGCGUGCUGGCCCAGCUCGCUACCCACGCCGACUCGUAUACCCCCGGGAAGUGCGACUUUAAUGCCAAAGCUACGCUGCCAGGUUACAGUGACAUGUUUUCCCGUCCUGCUCCCGUAGAGCCAACGCCGGCCGCGGGCGUUCCCACCAAGAACGUCUAAGUUGACACAAAUGAACCCAACAUGCAGAAUGUCCAAGGCCCCCCACUCUACAGCUCUAAUUUUCUUCCCUUACACUUUAACAGUUAACAUGACUGAAUACUACAUGACA